GGGUUACCAUGUGCUUGCAUGCUUUCUGUUUACUUAAGCUCAGGUGAAGAAAUACCCUUGGAUUUAAUAGAUAUCUUUUGGAGAAAGCUUAGUAUUUUUGAUACGAAGCCUGAAAAAAAAGGCAAUAUUUGUUGCGACGAUGAAGUUGAAAAGUAUAAAGAAAAUUUCAACAAGCAGACAGAAGCAGGAAAAAAAUUUUAUUUGAAAAAACUAAAAGAGAUAUACGAUCCGCGCACAAUUGAUGUUGGAGAACCUACAGUUCAAAAUAAGACCCGCGGACGGCCGAGUAUGAAGAAACAACAUAAAAAGAAUGUCAACCCUCCAAAUCAAGCUCCUCCUAGAUGCAAUGACUCUACCACAUCAGAGUUCAUUGGGUUGGAUUUAAAUAAAGAACCUGAAAGGCAUAAUUAUUCGUACGCCAUUGACUUAAAUGAAGAACCACGAAUGCAUGAUCCAUUCCUAAUGAAGAGUAUUCCUGAUGUAUUUCAUGAUUACAUCGACAAGAUACAAGAUGUACUCGGUGAUGGAAACUGUGGGUUUCGAGCGGUAGCUGUUAGUCUAGGGCACAGUGAAGACCAAUGGCUAUACAUUAGGCAACAAUUGCUUGAAGAGUUAGAAAGUCAAUUUUAUGCAUACCAACAAGUUUUUACUGAUGGGUUCAAUGAGGUAUACGAGUCUUUGUGUUGGUUCGAGUCACCUGCGUAUUUGUGA